CCUGCGCGCACGCAGAGCGGAAGUUGUAACCCGGAAGUGAAAGCAAAACACCACCCAUGUAUGUCGCUUGAUUUAUUUUCCUGAGCUGCUGUAUUUUUAGCUCAGUGGCUAAACAGUAGCAUUUGUCCUUCCUGACUGGAUCAGAUGUUUGCUCUCCUUUCCAAUGAACAUGUUUCCGAGGUCUCCAGUCUUCCCCUACAAACCUGGGCAGGUUAAUGGUUUAUUCCCCCAGCAGAUUAUACACCAUUCCUCCUCACAGCAGUACCGUUCUGAACCCCAUCGGAACCUAAAUAACACAAUCUUGCAUGGGCAUCCUUUAAAUGUAUUCCCUCUUAUCCCAAAAUACCAGUGGAAAGGUGUGCCGGGAAUUCCUUACACCAAUUCCAACAGAUCCAGGAAGAGGAAAAGUGAUGGAAAUGCUCAGCGGGACCUCAAAAGGCAGCGAUUCGGUUCUUCCCAUCCCUAUGGACCACCUGCCAAAUCACUGCCGAAGGGGGAGCAGGGGCAAACCAGCGGCCUUGUGAAGGACGCCCACUCUCCUACUCCAUCUCCAUCGCGCCCUUCGGUCUCCUCUAAUCCUUCUUGCAGCGUGCCAUUUUUAAAGGAGGAGGCCAGUCAGAGUUCCCUGCCAUCACAUGCUAUCAAGGAUAAGCUCAGCCAGCAGAUUCUGGAUCUGUUCCUCACUUGCGAGCAGCAGAGCGAGGACUUGGAGAAAAAGGAAUUCUGCCGUACGCAGUUGCAGAUGGACAUUCAGAGACUCUUUCCAUGCUCGAGGAUUUUCCUGGCAGGCUCGUCUCUGAACGGUUUCGGCAGUCGUACCAGCGAUGCUGAUUUAUGUCUUGUUGUUCAAGAGGCUCCAAUUAAUCAGAAAACUGACGCAGUGUAUAUACUUAGCCUUGUGCAGAAGCUGUUAUACAAACUGUCUUACAUCGAGAGACCUCAACUCAUCCGAGCAAAAGUGCCAAUACUGAAGUUCAGGGACCGAAUCAGUGGCGUGGAGUUUGAUUUAAAUGUUAACAACACAGUGGGAAUCAGAAACACUUUCCUGCUGCGGACGUACGCUUACCUUGAAAAGCGUGUUCGUCCCAUCAUCCUUGUGAUCAAGAAGUGGGCUAGUCAUCACAAAAUCAAUGAUGCAAGCCGUGGAACCCUGAGCAGCUACACACUUGUCCUGAUGGUCCUACAUUACCUCCAGACUCUUCCAGAUCCUGUCCUUCCUUGCCUUCAAAAAGAUUAUCCAGAGUGUUUCAGCCCUGUAAUGGAUUUACAUCUCGUACCAGACGGACCGAAGAACAUUCCUCCUUUUGUGUCGAAGAAUGCAUCGUCUCUCGGCGACUUGCUCCUCGGCUUUCUGAAAUACUACGCCGCGGUUUUCAAAUGGGACAAAAACAUCAUCUCAGUUCGUGAAGCGAAAGCGCUGCCUAGAGCAAACUGCUGGGAUUGGAGAAGCAAGUUCCUUUAUGUGGAAGAACCGUUUGACGGCUCGAACACAGCCAGAGCUGUUCAUGAGAAAAUGAAGUUUGAUGCCAUCAAAGCCGUGUUUGCAGAGUCCUGGCAGGUGCUGCAAGUGAGGAAAGAUCUGAACUACAUUUUACCCAUCAGAGAAACAAUCCCGAAAAGAUAACACGAGCCCUGGCUGCAAUGAUAAUCCUCUUUUUAUUAAGAAUGCCGAACCAUUUUCAAGAGCUUGAAGUAUGACGUCCACCAUUUUUCCCCACCUCAUCUACACUGCACCUACAGUGGUUGAAGAAUGAUCCGAUCUGUAUUUUGUUGCAAAGAUUGGAGGAUCGGAUGUCAUCGCAAUACAAGCCACAAAUUGCUCAAGAUUAACAAAGAAAUGCUGGAGUGUCAACUAUGUGUAGAUGAGGUUGUGCUCUAUGUCUCACAAUGUUUCUAAGUAGCUCCUGAGGGUUUUCUCCCCAAACUGGCCAUGUUUCAGUAAUCUGUUCUGUCUUUCUUCAGUGACAUUUAAUUAACACACAAUCUCUUAAUUGACAUCUGUUUUUUGAUACUUUGAUACCUGACUUCUCAAAGCCAAGCAUUAGGAAAUAGGUCAUGUUGGCUUUUAUUGCUUUGUUCUAUCACUUCUUGUACAUUCUGCACAGUCUUUUUAAUGUUUAUUUAAAGAAUAAAAAUUUCCUAAUUUAAACGUGA